AUGGUCGGGUUUAUUGGAUCGGUGUUAAUUAAACUUAUAGAAUUUGAAGUACCAUUUAUAGAUUGUUUAUAUAUUGGUUAUUCAGCAUUAACAACCACAGGAUUAGUGACAGUUGAUAUAAGCGGUUGGUCAAGUGGAACUUUAUUUUUAUUGGUCAUAUUAGUUCAAUUAGGCUCCACAGUAUUAUUAACAUUACCAAUAGUAUUACUACGUCGUUUUUUCAUUAGAUCAGUUUAUAGUAAUAGUUCAAUAAUUUCAGCAGCAAAUGCUUCACCAGAUUUAAUUUCAACAAUAAUUCAUAGUCAUUUACCACAUCAUGAUUUUAAAGAUGAUGAUGAUGAAAAUGAUAAUAAUAAUAAUGAAGAAAAUGAUGAUAAUGAUGAUGAAAGCUAUCAACAUAAUAAUAAUAAUAAUGAAGAACAUGAUGAUAACGAUAUUGAAAUUGGUGGAAUUUUAAAAUUAGAUUCACCAAUUGAUCAUAAUCUUCCAAAUGGUUUUCAAGAUGAUAAUGCUCCGCAUCAUUACAAUAUUCCAAUAGUUGGGAAAAUUGAUAAAAAAUCAAGGAAAUUCUCUUUAGAUUCACCUUCUUCUCCAAUUAUUCAACAACAACAACAACAACAACAACAACAACAACAACAACAACAACAACAACAACAACAACAACAACAACAACAACAACAACCUUCAACAACCACCACUACCACUACCACAACAAACUCAACUUUAAAUAAGAGUACAAAUAAUAGUACAAAUAAUAAUAAUAAUACAAAUGAUUCACAAUCAAUACAAAAAGAAGUUAAUAUUGAUAUUAAUCGUAUUGAUUCAUUACAAGAAUUACAAGAGCAACAAGAACAUCAACAACAGCAAAGACAAUUAUCAAAACCAUUAAAUUUAAAUAGUUAUGAAGAUAAUAUGGAAUAUAGAUCAUUGGGUAAAUUAUUAGUAAUUAUACCAUGUUAUAUUAUAACAAUUUAUAUAUUAGGAUUUAUAAGUAUUGGUGCAUAUAUAGCAGGUAGUGAAUCAGCUAGAUCAAUAAUGAAAGCUAAUGGAGUAAAUGGUUGGUGGUGGUCAUUAUUUCAUACAUUCUCUGCAUUUAAUAAUGCUGGUUUAGCAUUAUUUAGUGAUAGUUUAAUUCAAAUUAAUGAAAAAUAUUUUUUAUUAAUUACAUUAUCAAUUUUAAUUUUCUUAGGAAAUACUUUAUUUCCUGUUUUUUUAAGAAUUAUUUUAUUAGUAGUUUCAAAAUUUACAAAAGAUCCAGAACCAUAUAGAAAUUUAUUAGAAAAUCCACGUUCAAUUUUCACUCAUCUUUUCCCAUAUAAAGAAACUGUUCAAUUAUUUGUAAUUUGGUGUAUUUUUAAUGUAUCACAAAUUGCAUUAAUGGCUUUAUUAGAUGUAAAUGAUAAAGCAUUCACAAAUAUGAAUUAUGGUACUAUACUUUUAAAUUAUUACUUUUCUUCAAUUAGUACCCGUACAUGCGGAUUUAAUUCAGUUGAUUUAAAUUUAUUAAGUGAAUCAGUUUUAUUAUUAUUUGUUGGAUUAAUGUUUGUUUCAUCAUAUCCAUUCAUUAUUUCAUUGAGAAGGUCUGCUGUUAAUAAUAAAUAUAGUAAUCAAAGUAGAGAAGUUAUGAAAGAAGUUUUAAUUCGUGAUAUUUUCGUUCCAUAUAUUUGUAUUUUAUUUAUUGCUAUUUUUGAAAGCCAACUUUUAGAAAGUGGUGUAAUCACUGUAUUUCAAAUAUUAUUCGAAGCGAUUUCAGCUUUUGGAAAUGUUGGAUUAUCAAUUAGUAUAACUUUAUCAACUUAUUCAAAAUUAGUAUUUAUAGCGUUAAUGUUGGCUGGAAAACACAGACAAUUGCCAGAAUCUGUUGAUGAAUCUGUUAAUCCUGCUCUUUUGAAAAAGAAUGCAGUAAUUUCAAAAAUUAUUACAAGAUAUAAAAGAAGAAAAUUAUAA